AUGAACACUCGCACCAAAAAUAAGAAACGCACUAAAGAGGUGAUAGAAGAUGAAGUUCACGACAUCGAUGAUACCGCGUUCGAUGAUGCCGCAGUGGAUGCGGUCAACGACAACACGCAAGAGAUGCAGCAGCAAGUUGGUGACGCUGCCGGUGGGCCUUCCUUUCGUGUCCUUCAGAUAAUGGAAAACUAUGGAGUUGCUUCUGCUGAUAUCAAAAAGUUGAUGGAGUGUGGCUUUCUCACCGUUGAGUCUGUCGCGUAUGCACCGAAGAAAUCAAUUUUAGCAGUGAAGGGCAUAAGUGAGGCAAAGGCUGAGAAGAUAAUGGCGGAGUGUUGUAGACUCACUCCGAUGGGCUUCACGCGCGCUACGGUUUUCCAAGAGCAACGGAAAGAAACUAUUAUGGUCACGACAGGCAGCCGUGAGGUGGACAAACUCCUUGGAGGUGGCAUUGAAGUUGGUAGCAUCACGGAACUUUUCGGUGAGUUUCGCACAGGGAAGACGCAGCUCUGCCAUACCCUUUGUGUUACAUGCCAACUUCCACUUUCGCAAGGUGGUGGUGAGGGAAUGGCGCUUUAUAUUGACACUGAGGGAACAUUCCGUCCUGAGCGCUUGGUAGCUGUGGCGGAACGGUACAGCCUGGACCCAGAGGCCGUUCUUGAAAAUGUGGCUUGCGCUCGUGCUUACAACACGGACCAUCAGCAGCAGUUGUUAUUGCAAGCGUCCGCCACUAUGGCUGAGCACCGUGUCGCAAUAAUCGUUGUUGAUUCCGCCACAGCUCUUUACCGUACUGAUUACAAUGGACGGGGUGAGUUGGCAGCACGGCAGAUGCAUCUUGGAAAGUUCCUCCGCUCUUUGCGCAAUCUUGCUAAUGAGUACAACGUGGCCGUCGUUGUUACCAAUCAGGUUGUUGCCAAUGUGGAUGGUGCUGCCCCCACAUUCCAAGCGGAUUCUAAGAAACCCAUUGGGGGCCACAUCAUGGCACAUGCCUCCACUACACGGUUGAGCUUACGGAAGGGAAGGGGAGAACAGCGUAUUAUUAAGGUGUAUGACUCACCUUGUCUCGCUGAAAGUGAGGCCAUCUUCGGCAUCUAUGAGAACGGUGUGGGAGACGUUAGGGACUAG